AGACGCGGGGCAGAGGAGCCCGCCCCGCCACCCCGCGCAGCUGCCUGCCCCCGGCCCCGAGCCUCCGUCGCCGCCCGCGCGCCCCGCAGUUGGGACCUCGCCGCCGCCUCGGCUUCUCCCCGACUUGUGCUGAAGCCUCCGCGGAGCAGCAAGAUGUCCAGCAGCGUCCCGGCGGACAUGAUAAAUUUGCGCCUCAUUUUGGUAAGUGGGAAAACGAAAGAGUUCUUGUUUUCACCAAACGACUCAGCUGCAGAUAUCGCAAAGCAUGUAUAUGACAACUGGCCAAUGGAUUGGGAAGAAGAACAGGUCAGCAGUCCAAAUAUUCUGCGGCUUAUUUAUCAAGGACGGUUUCUUCAUGGCAACGUGACACUAGGAGCAUUAAAACUUCCUUUUGGCAAGACAACAGUGAUGCAUUUGGUGGCUAGAGAGACGUUGCCAGAGCCAAACUCUCAAGGUCAGAGGAACCGUGAAAAAACUGGAGAGAGCAAUUGCUGCGUGAUCCUGUAAAACCUGUUUGCUUUAUUUGCUAAGUAUGAUGUAAUAUAGUCUUUGUCUUUCAUGCUGCUGGAAUAGAAGAGGCCCAACUUUGCUUCAGACACCUUUAGGAAGAUCCUGUCUGUAAAUCCAUGGAACUGAAAUAUUACAUAUGAACACUGUCCUCUAGUCCCUGUGGGGUUUUUGGGGUUUGUUUGUUUUGUUUUUUUUUAAGGAGAAAGAUCUGUGAUCAUUUUCAUUAUGAGUUUUUAAUUUCUACGUUUUUGUUUGAAUAAUCUUAAUACAUCAGUUAUUGGAUGCAUUCAGUCUCCGGAAAAGGUAAUGUGUUCUUUUCCACAACAGGAAUUGUUUUUCUGCCACACAAAUCUUCAUUAACCGGAACUAACCAGUCAAGCUUUCUAGAUGCAAUUUGCACUAAAAAUGGUUGACAAUAUACUUCACAUCAACAAUCUUGAACAAUAUCUGAGACACCUAGAAAUAAUUUACAGUAUGUAUUACAGCACUGGAAAGUGAUAUCCAUAAUUUUAAAAAGCUCAUUAAUGGCCAAAUCAAAGGAAAAACUGUUUAAGUCGAUUCUACCUAAGUCAACCUUUGUGGCCAAACUGGCACAAAAUACUAACUAAACCCAGUUGAACUAUAUAUAUUUUCACUGCAACAAACAAAAAAACUAUGUGCCUGGAAUUUAAAAGCACUCUGUAGAGGGCUGUUGAAACUAAUUUUUUUUCAUUAUGUGCACUCUUAUCUUGUGCGUUAGUUGAGUGCUUGUUCAUACAGCACAAACAAAUGCAGAGAGUGCAUUUCCUAGCCUUAAUAUGGGAGGGGUAAUUUCCUGUAGUUCAUAGGCUUUUAUUAUUGUGCAUAAAUAUUAGAAGACCUCAUUUACUAAUCAAUUUUAUGUAUUCGAAUAUCAGCAGUUGACGUUUUUCAGUCAUUCUUACUCAUCUGUACUUUAGUGUUCAGUGUCAUGCUUACUCAGUAGAGACUUCAAACGAAUUAUUCAAAUUUAAAAAACAAAAAAAAAAAGAAGAAACCUCUGCCAUAGUACUAGUUUUGUUUCUUUAUGUAAUCUGCAUUUGGUAUUAGUGCUUGCAGUUGUAUUAAAAUCAGAAGCUGAUUUUUAAAGGCAUACAUAAUUAAAAAGGAUGCCAUUCUUUUAUUUCAUAUCAAUAAUUUAAAGGUUGAUAUGCUAAAGAAAUUUGCACAGCACUAAAGCAUGAGCUAGUUUCAUCUAAACCUGUAAAAAAAAUAAAAUAAAAAAACCAAAAAAAAUAAAAGAUUUUAUAUUUUUUCACUAGGGAGGAAUUAAAAACUUCCUGGCUGAAAUUACAAAUAUGUGUAGAAUAUAUUUAAUAAAAAUCUUUAAAAAAUACAUAACUAUAGGACUUAAAUAUAGAUUGGCGUGUAGUAUAAUAGAACAAUAUUCCAUAUAAAUAGCUUUAGCCUUCAAAAAAUGAGUCACAGGUUGACAUUGUGUUCUGUACUUAAUAAGUGUCCACAGCCCUUACGGAUGUUCUGUGUAAUUGUUUUUUCGAAUGAUCAACAUCAUUCAAAUGUAAUCAGGUUAUUUUAUCCAUUGUUAUCGCUUUGACAAAAUGCUUUAUAUGCAGUAGGUCUACAAAAUACUGUUCAUACUGAUCAGAAUUAAAUUUGUAUAGAGCAGAGUUUUAAAACAAAUUGUAAAUAGCACUAAACAUUUUCUUUCUGCAACCUGUACUGAUAGAUUCUUCUGUAAACUAAAUAAAAGAAUAUUGUAGUGCA